AUGAAUGUGAGUGAGGAUAACGCUAUUACGAGAAAAAUUAAUUUUCUUCGUGGCCUGGACAGUAGAGGAGGUACUAGUAGUGGUAUUAACAAUAACGUGAGGGGUAGAGGGGGCAAUGUUGAGGACUAUAAUGCAGUGCUCGACAAUUUUGAGGAGUGUGUGAGGGUGAGGAACGGGUACCGAAUUAGCUCCAUACUGAAGCUAACCCAAUUGCCUGUACCUGUUCAUGUAAUAGAUGAAAUGAAUGAAGUGGAUUUAAGAAAGAAAAUAAAGAAAAGGAAUUUUUUAAAAAAUUAUGAACAGUUAAUAAUAGACCAUUUUAAUAUUAUAAAAAUAUUAUGUAAUAAAAGUUAUAUCAAUUGGGAUGCAUUACUAAGUACAAGUUGCAAAUUUUUAUUUACGUUUAUACAGAUAUAUUGUGAUAGUUUAUGGUUACUUCCAUACUUGUUAUCGGUAUGUUCUUUUUUGAACAAUAUAAGUACCCUUGCGGAUUCGUAUAAUAAUACAAAUAAUAAAAAUGAUAUAUUUAAUGAUGAGAAUAAUGAGGAGUUUAAUGAAGACAUAAAUGAUAAGAAUAAAUACACAAUAGAAGUACUGAAUUCUAUACGUGGAAAAAUAGGAAUAGUGAAAGGAGAUGCAGAAAGGCAUGGUGCAUUUGUAAUAUUAAUGCUUCAAUCAAUUAAAUUAUGUAUGAAAUUAAAUAAUAUGCAAAUAACAUCUAGCUUUUUAAAAAUUAUUAACACAACUGAUAUUAAUUAUAUGUAUAUACCUAAAUUUUUUAUUGUCUUAUUUAAAAAUCAAUUAGGGAAAUUAUAUUUACAAAAAUUAGAAUAUGAGAUGGCAGAAAAGGAGUUCAUAUGGGCUUUUUCUAAUUCUAAAAAAAGUAGAAUAGAAUUUAGAAAAAAAAUACUAGAAUCUGUUGUUUCAAUUCGUUUAAAUAAAGGUAUAUAUCCUCCAAAAAUGUUAUUACAAAAAUAUAAUUUACAUAUAUAUAUAGAUAUAAUAUAUUCAAUUAAACGAGGGAAUAUAUUUUUAUAUAAUAAUGUCAUACAGAAUUUUUCCAAAUAUUUUUUUCAAAAUGGAUUAAAUGAAUGUAUUGAUCAAAUUCAUUUCAUUGUUAAAAGAAAUUUGCUUAAAAUUAUUGUGGACUGGUGGAAUAAUAUUAUUAAAGAUAAUCCAAAUAAAAUUUACAAAGUACCUAUAUCCUUAUUUCAUCAUAUUUUUAUUUGGGCUGGUAUUACUCAACAUCAUUACUACUUAGAGACCAUAUGUAUAAUUACAUCACUCAUUCUUUUCAGGUACAUCAACGCGUAUAUUUCCUAUGAUAACAAUAUACUCGUCCUUAGCAAAAAUGAUCCCUUCCCCUCCCUCUCACAGCCCCGCAUCAGCAGAUGA